AUCGAGACGAUAGGUGGUCUCUCGACAUGAUGACAUUGCAAUCACUUCCGGUUCUGUUUUUGCUUUUUCAGCGGGCGGGCUAUGACUGACUACGAAUUAUGAGCUACUUGCUGCCGACGCUAUCCACAAAGAAGACGGUGGACGAAGCUAUAAAGAAGACGGAAGAUCUUGUGUUGGUUUUGAGAUUUGGCCGAGAUGGCGACACUGGAUGUAUGCUUCUAGAUGAAAUACUAUAUAAAACGAGUCAUGAUGUUUCCAAGAUGGCCGUAAUAUAUUUGGUUGAUGUUGACAGUGUUCCUGUAUACACAAAAUAUUUUGAUGUUUCUCUCAUACCAUCCACUGUUUUCUUCUUUAAUGGGCAGCAUAUGAAAGUGGAUUAUGGAACCCAAGAUCAUACUAAGUUUAUUGGGAGUUUCAAAACCAAACAAGACUUUAUUGAUUUGGUUGAAGUUAUUUAUCGUGGUGCAAUGAGAGGAAAGCUGAUGAUAAAAAGUCCCAUCGACCCUGCAAACAUUACCAAAUAUGAAUUGCUCUACAAAGAUAUAUGAACUAAAAUAUAAAGUGUUGAAUGAGAUAGUGAAACACCAACAACAAAUAGAGACAUGGUGAGAUAUCAAGCUGAAACACCAACAACAAAUAUGAACUCUGAUUCUCGAUGAGCUGAAAUACUAAGAACAAGUACAAGUCAAGCUUCAACUCAGAUUUGCUCAGAGAUUCCAAAUUGUACAUUCUACUGUGUAGGCACAUGUAAAACUGCAUCUCUUAAUUCAUUGAACAUAAAGACAGUUGUCCUAAUUGGAUGACUUGAAUACUGUGUUUGAAUGAAAUGAUACUGAUGUAUUUAUAAAACAGUCAGACAUUCAUUUGUCAAGACAAAAAAAUAGAUAGCAGCUAACAAACAGAUACUGUAAACCACUUUAAUUUCAACAGCAAAAAUGAAGCCGUCUACAGUGUAUAUUAUUUGUACAAAGUUGAGAAUUUAAUAUGGCAAUAUUUAUAAUAAAACAAAAUUGUAACUGACCAUCUAA